AUGGCGGCAUUCGAGUUUGGAACACGGGUAGUGCACAGCGGUAUUCCCGAGAAAUGGGAGGAGAGAGUACGGAUUCCUACUGUGGAAUUAAGCAGAGAUGAGGAAAAGGUAUUUAAAAAGAGUGACGCAGAAGAAAAAUUGCAAGAAUGCAUUGCCUCAACAGAAGCUGCAAAAUAUGCUUUGGUUUACCCAAGCGGCACAUGUGCUGUGGUAGCGGUAACAGAACUUUUACAAGCUGGGGAUCAUGCUAUUCUUUUUGACUCAGUUUAUCAUGGUACCAGAACUUACCUAAGCAUUUGCAGUGAUUUGGAAAGAAUCAGCGUUUCGUUUGUUGAUUUACGAGAUCACCAUCAACUGGAGAAACACAUUCGAGAUAAUACGAAGAUGGUUUGGAUAGAGACCCCUUCUAAUCCUACGAUGAAAAUGAUAGAUAUAGCAGCAGUUGCAGCGAUCCUGAAAAAAUAUCCUGACAUCUUCUUAGCUGUGGAUAAUACGUUUAUGACACCUUAUUGCCAAAACCCAUUGCUACUUGGAGCAGAUAUUGCAAUGCAUUCUCUUACAAAGUAUAUGAAUGGCCAUACUGAUGUACUUAUGGGAGCCAUCGCAACAAGUAAUGACAAAUUGUAUGAAAAACUGCAAGUUGUUCAAGCAAAUACAGGGAUCCGUUGUAGUCCUUUGGAUUGUUAUCUUGUUCUUAGAGGAUUGAAAACUUUGCACUUGAGGAUGGAGAGGCACAUGGAAAAUGCAAUGAAAGUUGCCCAGUACCUGGAGGCUCAUUCGAAUGUGGAGAAAGUCUUCUACCCCGGUAUGUAA